AUGAGUUUCACUGAGCGAUGGGUGGGGGUUGGACUUGUAAUCGGAGCUUUAAUUUUAUCAAUCUUCUCUUUACUUAGAAUGCUCAUUCUUCGAAAUGCCGCUUCAAAAUAUUUACUAUUCCCAACAAUUAAUAUGCUAUUAAUAUUAGCAGAAAUAAAUACACUUGUGCAGAUAUUUGUCAUAAUGCAUUUGGACGACCCUAAGAUUACAAUGAUAACGAAAACUAUAAAUGAUCUUUUGUAUCUCUUGUCUAAGCCGAUUAUUCUUUAUUUAGCUUACGAGCGUUGUCGCGCUGUUUUUCAACCCUAUCAAAAAUUUCCGUGGGCACAUUACGCUUUCUUUUUCAUUCGAAUUGCACAGAUAUUUUCAGUACUAGUCGGCGAUAUAAUUUACAUCAUAAGAUGUGACUACGAUAUGAAGGAUACAGAUCUUUCAAUUUUGAAAAAAAUUCGCGAUGGAUAUGCACCAAUUCCACGAAUUUAUUAUAUUUUCAAUGGCUCGAAAGAAGAAAAGAAAAUUUUGAAUUACCGUCGUCUUCAAGCCAUUUCAUUCGUGAUAGAUUUGUUGCUCUUAUCAGCCAUGAUUAUAUAUCGAUUAAUCAAUACGUUUGAAAUAGUUCCUACUUAUGACUAUGCUGAUGUAUUUUGCACCGCGUUCACUGUCUUUAACAUGACUCAAUUUGGUGUCACGAUCCCAAAAUUAUUCAAAUCUCGACAAACUAUACAGGUAAAAUCAUCAAACUCGAAUUCCGAAAAGAGUAAAUCAUACCUUCAUCUUGAUGACGAUAAUCGCGCACCGCGAACUUCAACAACUCCUCAAAGUCCUGAUCGUUUAUUUGUGCGCAACAGUAAUACCGAUAUAGAUAAAAAGAACGAGCAAGUAUUUAGCAUUCAAGUAUCGGUUCACGAUGUUAUAACCACAACUCAAAGCUUUGACUAUCAUCAACAAGGAUACGCAAACCCAUUUAAUCAAGUAACAGUAAAUGCUGAAAAAUUUUGA